AUGUUAUACUUUCAUAAGCACGCAGGUGACCCUUCUGUUGUUGCGGCUAAGAUUCUGAAAGGUAAAAUUAUGAAAAAAGCAAAAAAAACUGAUGAUAAGCCUGCUGUUGUUAUUAAUCGUGUCUUACGUGGUGUAUUAUCACCUGUAUCAGCUGUAAUGCCCAAGCCUGUGUCACUAUCACGGUCUGUGAAUAGAAUUCGAGUAAAGGAUAAUCCUCAAUUGCACAAUCCAUCGUUUCGUGGAGAUUUGGAGUUGACGGAUGAAUUUAAGCAUACUUAUUCUGGAGACUUGUUCUUAUUACGCGAUAGCGGAGGGAAUAAAAAAAGAUUUAUCAUAUUUACGACUCAGAAAAACUUGAAUUAUUUAUCAUCUUGUGAGCAAUGGUUGGGAGAUGGUACUUUCAAAAGUGUACCUGGAAUUUUUAAUCAACUUUAUUCAAUUUAUGGGUAUAAAGACGGUAAAUCGUUACCUCUGGUAUAUAUGUUGGCUCCUGAUAAGUCUCAGUGUACUUAUGUAAAUUUUUUGAAGAUUUUACGCCAAUCUUUGCCAAAUUUUAUACCAAAUAAUAUGAUGAUUGAUUUCGAAGAGGCAUUUAUUGGAGCGUUUACAAAAAUACAUUCAGGAGUAAAAUUAUCAGGCUGUUAUUUUCAUUUCAAUCAAUGUGUUUGGCGUCAAAUUCAGGCUUGUAAACUCCAGAAGUUAUAUGACACAAAUAUAACUUUUGCGUUGAAUGUGCGCUUGCUUGUGGCAUUGGCGUUCUCUCCAACAGCUGAUGUUAUUGAAUCUUAUGAAUUAAUUGUGGCAUCUGAGUACUAUGAACAGAAUAGUGACCAGUUAGAGGAAUAG